GUGGAAAGGAUUCGGUCGAGCGUGCUAAGGUGAGGUGUGAAAAUGUAAACACAGAGAGGAUGGCAUUCGGUGGAUGCUGCGGAAACUUGAAAUUCCUUUCGAGAUGGAAAACAUACAGGAGAGAUUCGAGAGAAAAAUGCUUUAAUUCAAAAGGUAAACAUUGGGAGCGUAUGUUACGUUGUUGCUGCUGGCUGAUGAUUGCGAUGAUGAUGAUGACGAUAAUGAUAUUACUGAUUGCAGUUGAGUGGAUCUCCGGCGGUAGUCCCAUGCUCUGUACUGUGAUGAUGAAUAAAUAUAAAAUUGGUAUUUCAUCGAGAUAAACGGAACCCUUGGCGUGGAAUCUGUUGGCCGUUUCUUUUCAGUGUCAUUUCGGAUGCGCUGUUGUACGGUAGUGUUUUUCGCGGAGCCGCGUUUCGGGGAUUUCAAUGUUAAGUGGAUUGUUCAAAGGAGUGUGCGUUGCGGAUUAGUGUUCACCGCUGAUAAGGUGGAUUAAUCUGGGCUUAGUUAGAGAUGUGUGGAUUUGAUUAAGUGGAUUCAUAUGCAAAUCGAUUGCUCUUUGAUCUGUCAUAACACGUGUGUGAGUUUGUUGGUCAUGCUAAUUGUUUGCCCAUUACAUCUGAAUUAGUGUUAAUUACCGGAUGAUUGAUUUACUUUGGGGGGUCGUAGUGGCAUUCCUUUGCAUCCAUUGGGAAGUCGUACGAUUGCAUAACUAGUGAUUGUGGUGGUGGCGGAGGCGUGACAAACUGCAACAACCGGAAGUUGGUGGCGAUUGCCGUGAUUGUGUUUGACACCUUGUUAAACUAGUUUCCGAGCUUGUUUGUCCUGACCCUUGGUGGCCACUUGCCAAGCCUCCUCCUACAACGCUACGAUAGUUUGUGGCACCGUGUAGACGCGGUUGUUUGCCGGUUUUCUCGCCGCUGUCGAGUACUGAUAAUUGAUUGGAGAGAAUGCCCCCAGUGCGAGGAGGGGGGAUGGGGACCCUCUUGAUGCUGUGGGUAACAGUGUUGCCACGUGUCGUCCUGCUUCCAUCACUACUAUUGGCCGGAAGGAUGAUUCCGACCGCACAAUCGAUCGCCGCUCCCUCAUCAAACACUGGACUGGUUGCGAACGCGGUCCUGGAAGAUCCUGAGUUCACGGAUAUCAUCGAGAACAUCACGGUACCUGCGGGCAGAAAUGUAAAACUGGCAUGUUCCGUGAAAAAUUUGGGCUCCUACAAGGUCGCAUGGAUGCACUUCGAGCAGUCGGCCAUUCUGACAGUGCACAACCACGUCAUCACCCGGAAUCCACGGAUUAGCGUAACGCACGAUAAGCACGACAAGCACAAAACCUGGUUCCUGCACAUCUCCAACGUCCAGGAAGAGGACAAGGGCCGGUACAUGUGCCAGAUCAAUACGGUUACGGCCAAGACCCAAUUCGGUUAUCUUCAUGUGGUCGUGCCACCCAACAUAGACGAUUCAGUUUCCAGCAGCGACGUUAUCAUUAGAGAAGGCGCCAACAUAACCCUUCGAUGCAAUGCCACCGGAAGUCCACCACCUUCGAUAAAGUGGAAACGUGACGGUCCAUUGAAGAUAACCGUGUCUAAAAAUAUCACUGUGAAUGACUGGGAAGGUGAGGUCCUAACGUUGGAGCGGGUCACUCGCCACGACAUGGGAGCCUACUUGUGCAUCGCUUCCAAUGGAGUUCCACCGAGUGUGUCCAAGAGGAUCAAAGUCAGUGUCGAUUUUCCACCGAUACUGUGGACUUCGCAUCAGCUCGUUGGCAUCCCCUUGGGCUAUAAUGUUACACUGGAAUGCAUUACGGAAGCACAUCCUACCUCACUCAACUACUGGACGCGAGAUAACGAUCAAAUGAUACAUGAGUCCGUGAAAUACAAGACUGAAUCCAUUCCUGGAACACCUUCGUACAAAGCGGUGAUGCGACUGCACAUCAGCGAGGUGCAGCAAUCAGACUACGGUAUCUACAAGUGCAUAGCCAAGAACCCACGAGGAGAAGCCGACGGAACCAUCAGAUUAUACUCUUCGAGUCCGCCCACAACGAUACCGCCUUCGACAACCGAAACCAUCACGACAACUGUGUCCUCCACGAGGCUGUUCGACGUACCCUUCGGACAAACGACGGUCAUCUCGAUUAACUCGUUGGAAAAAGGAAACAAGUACCAGUCCAUUCUGAACGAAGUGGACCGAUCGGAACAAAAGUCGGGCGACAGUUCCAAAGUCAAUAGGGAUCGAUCGCCUUCAAACCGUCCCAAAAAUUGCGGAUCCUCCCCCACCAGUUGGUGGCUGACGUUAGUUCUACCGGUGGCAGUAUUUCAGCUUUCGCAUUUGGCGCGGUGGCAGUGACGGUAACUCUUAAGACCGGUCGGCGGCUGGUUGGAUGUGUUGUUAGGUGUGUAUCCGUGAACCGUGCGUACUUCAAGUUGGUUCCACUUCAAAAUGAGCCGCUUUGAGUAGGAUAAUGCGAGCGAAAGUGGGAUGAGUUUUUUGAUGUUACCGUUCUGUUUGAUAGUCCGGCAGGGUAUGCUUGACUUCUUGCUUUGCUCAUAAUUUAUAACGGCAAGCCUAGUGUGUAAAGGUAGUUAUGUUGAAAAUUUGUACAUUUAAUCACAGAAUCAAAAUAAACAAAGUGAAGAUGCUAUACACAUAGUCGAUGGUAGGUAAAUUUUUAUGAUCUAGCGAUAACAGUGGAAAAACGAUGCGGUGACAUUGUUGUAAAGUUAUUAUCAGGAAGGAUGCCCAUCGUUGCGAAACGUUGUAUGAGAAUAUAUGGUAUCUGAUAGUGUUAAUGCCUUACGUAAAUAUUAAGCUAAAACGGGCAGUUAAGACAGCAGCUGGACAGACGCAAAAGAUGCUAGAUAAUUUUCAGAAUCGCUCAUCAAGUGAGUUGAAAUUGCCAGAUAAGACACAAACGUUAAAUCAUGACAUGUCAUCAAACAGUCAAAGGGCCUAGGGUAGUGUUUCUCAACUCAUGGGUCUUGGGCACUUCAAACGUAUUUGUUUUCAUUAUGUACAUUAAAAAAAAUCAACCUUUGGGAAUAUGAAAUAGUUUGUGGUACAACAAUUCUAGAACACUGAGGGAGCCUCAAUGGGAUGGCACUGGGGCAAGUUGAUCGGGUUCCUUUAUUUCGGGACCAACGGCGUUUCGUAAAACUGGACGACCCGCUCGCGGAGUGCUUGCUGUUUUGACGCCAUCAUCGAUUGAACUGACAGUAUCC